UUCCACCUACGUAUGUCGUGACUCACACGGCUUGGCAACUGCGACUCGGGUCCUCGGAAGUAUUUAUGACGAAGUAGACAACGCUGCCAUUGCUGCGGCGUACUAUAUCCUCACUCUCACUCAACUGCAUUGCAGUACUGUCAAGGUCCACCAACUUGAAGUGGGCGCCAUACAUAGCAAUAGUACUACAUCCUCGUGAUAUACACCUGCAUUCCAUCCAAACGGAGGCUAUGGCUUUCACACUCACUGCAGAGGAAGUGACAGGCACUGACACAUUAUCUUCCCUACAUCUAUCUCUCGAUGGUUCCCGCGUGGUGUACUGCGUCGGUCCUCAUUACCGCGCAGGCGACCAUACUACCUCGGCUCUUUGGGUGGCAGACACAGCCGUCCAGAACAGCGCGAGGCAAAUCACCUCCGGCGACAGUCAUGACUACGCACCGUCCUUUCAUCCGACUUCAGGGGACAUAUACUUCUUGUCCGAUCGUCCAAAUGCUGACGGUGUAACGAAGAUAUACCGCGUAGCUGCCCAUACUACGGCGGAUACUGAACCGAGCCUUGUCGUGGACUUGGCGGAGGGUCAGAGCGUGUCGAACUACGAACUAUCCCCGGACGGGAGAUUCGUUGCCUUUACGGCAAAGAGUACCAAGGGCGGCAAGGAUCAGGGACACAAAAGCGCCAACCGGAUUUGGAGAGACAAAGGCGAUCUGGCAUCGCUUUACGUUGUUGACCUGCAUGGCGCUCGGACGAUCGCACAUCCACUGGUCUCCACGCAGGACCACGUCGAAUCGUUUGUCUGGUGCCCAGACAGCCAAUCGAUCCGCUUCCGUACGACUCCCCAUGCAGACUUAGAAAGCUUGUACGGCGGCCCCAUCCACGAAGCUGUCGUCGACGUCGCUUCUGGCACAGUGCAUGACCGCUUCACAUUCCCUCGCAACCCCGGAAGCCAGUCCAUCCAACGUGAAUGUGGCGACAUCGUCUUCCUGCAGAACAGGACGCUAAAUGUCGAGUUCUCCGCUCAGUCGCUCUGGGUCCGCGGUCCCUCUGCGCACGAGCAGACACAUAUCAAGUAUGGAGACACAGACAACGCACUGAGGGUUGUAGACCUGCGCAGGGAUUCACGCUAUGCCGUUGCUGUCGCACGAGGGCUGGAUACAACGCUUGAUGUCUUCGAUAUCGAACACAAGUCCGCUACUGUGUACGAGACACACGAGGACCAUAUCUCCGACUGGGAUAUGAAGGCGGUCGACGUUGAUCGUUACGCAUUUGUCGUUCUCCGUAGCUCGGGAGUGCGAGGAGAGCCUGUGGAAGUCUGGUCUGGCUGGGCGGAAGGGGGUACGGUAGGCAUGGUGACGCACAAGCUUUCCUCCCACAACACCUGGCUAUCGCAGGAGAGGAUGCCAGUGUGCCGUCCGUUCUCUUGGACUAGUCCUGAUGGGCAAGAGGUACAGGGCGUUUUAUCCUACCCUCGUGGAGCCAUUUUGAAGAACAUGCCGACUGUGGCAGUGAUCCACGGAGGGCCAACUUCUCGAGAUGUCCUGGACCUAUCAUUCCAGGAAUGGUCCUGGCGGCACUUCUUAGCUACCCAAGGCUAUCUGGUCCUUUCACCAAACUACCGUGGCAGUAUUGGCCGCGGAGACAGCUUCGUUCAGGCGGCCAACGGAGGCAUGGGGACGACCGACUGGAUGGAUGUCCAGAGCAUGAUCGAUCAGAGCAUCGCUGAAGGGAUGUCUGACCCCGACAGAGUAGCCUUAGCUGGGUACAGCCAAGGAGGCUUCUUGACCGCUUGGGGUUUAUCCCGCCCCAACGGCAACUUCAAGGCCGGCGUAGACGGCGCCGGAGUUACUGAUUGGGGCAUGCUAGCAGCGACGUCUGCCCUGCCUGACGAGGAGGCCGCCCUUGCCGGUGGCGCUCCAUGGACACCUGGCGAAGCUGCGUAUCUACGUGGAAGUCCUAUACGCGACUGCAAGAAUGUGCGCGCUCCCCUUCUCCUACUUCACGGAGAACAGGACAGCAUCGUGCCUUUGACCCAAGCCAUCGCGUUCCUUCGAGGAGUGGAGAGGGUCGGCCAUCCGAGCGAGUCCAAGCCUGUUCUCGUGAUCUAUCCUGGAGAGGACCAUAUUUUUCGUCAACGAGUGCAUGCAGAGGAUGUCCUUCGGCGGCUGGCUGAGCAUAUGCGUACCUAUCUAUGAUGCAUACUUCAAGUUACCGGCGAGUUUUGGGGCUGACUUUAAUAAUGGAAGCACGUCCCCUCAGUAAACACUAGCAGCGACGAUGCCUGUACAAUAUGCGAAUGAGCACGUCGAGAUUCAAUAGUAAGUUGCGGCAUCGC